CAAAGGUGAAACCAUAGCAUUCGUGUAACAGUAAAGAAUUAAUGUUUAAUUGUAAACACUCGGAGAGAUGGUGGCCAUACUUCUCUGGGCUAUCCAGCUGUGACGCUGUAAUAGAGCCGAGAAAUUAAUCUGCCGAGGAGGAAGCAGCAAACAUGUUCCCUGGCGCUCGCCUUGCGGUUCAGAGUGUUUCCCCUCCGGAGAGGUUUUCCACCACCUACAGCACAGACUACAGUGGGCCGUGGCUGAAGCCCAGAAGUGAAGCUAGGCCUGGAUUCACCGGCUCCCUUCAGUCUAAAACGUUGCCUGUGUUGCUUCAACACCUCUGCAUCACGCGCAUAGACAACAAUGGCUCCGCUGUCGGCUCUCAGCCUCCGUCCGGUUGCCCUCUUCCUGCCUUAUCGACGUCAGGCGGCAGCUUACCUCUGUCGUUUUCUGGGGAAGUCAUGAACGCUGACUCUCAGGACGGAGAGGUCGCACUGCAAGUACCGGGAGCCGGGACUGGACUUUCAUUCGGCCUUACGGGUGAAGGUCUGUGGCAGAACGUUUGUGAUCAUACGGUCUGUUUUCUUCUGCCAGCAGCAAACCUGUUGGGGCAGCAGAAGGUUGAGCCCAACAGGAACGACGAUGUUCGCUACGAAGAGGGUAUGAUUCUGUUAACGUCGUACAAAGGUCCCAUCGGCUGUGAGGAGCUGCUGCAGCUUUUGCAGAAGGAGCCCAGAGCACCUCACCUCCUCCCUCUCCCACUGGCCUCGACUCCUUUUAUCAGACUGAGUCAAAACACAGAUGCAGGAACCGGUGAGAAGUGCUUGAGCCUCCCGGGCCGGGCUGGUACCCUGCAGAGCAGCGCUUUCCUCCAGCCUUCCCUCACACUCUGCAGUUACAGUGGGUGGAAAUCUGAGCUUGCUUUGAGCUGCUACUGCGGGUCCCAAAGCGGCACCCCUCGCGGCUGCCAUAAGUGCUUCAGGCCCCAGGCUGCUGCGGCGCAGGCCGGCGGGAAGCCGCCGCCGCUGACCGAGUAUCAGGCCAGCUACGCCGCUCAGUGGGCCGGGCCUAAGAUCUGAACGCCGUCGUCCUCCUAGUGGCAGAAGCUGCCGCCAAUACACCGCUGAUGAAAG